ACACAAAUACACUGCUUUUUGCAGAGGCUAGUGUUUUGGGGUUGACAAAAAAAUGUAGGGCGUUGAUAAAUUUCUCAAUAGUUAAUUUGUUAAAUUGGCGUUGAAAUGAGAGAUACUAAUAUUCCAUACACUUAUGCAGACCGCUAGGCUUUUUUUUUGACACGGACUAUAAAAUCGGGCACCGUAACGAAAUCGUCAGUCAGCAUUCUACGGUCUUUUUCAAGGUUUUGUUCAAGAGUAACAUUUUUCCCUGAAUUGGCCUUUUUCAAGACUAGAUGCGACUGAACUGAAAAGCCUCUAUAUUUCAACACAUUAUUAUCACUGACGAUCAAACUAGCUGCGGGCGCUCUUGUGUUCGCAUGCAUUUGUUCAAACCGCAUUGUGUUUCGCUUGAACGAACUACAGAAUGAAACACAAAAUCGUCAGUGACGUUCAGGGCCCGAAAUCUUCGAAGGUGAAAAAUGAAGACCAACUCUACUCUCUGAGUAGCAUCGCUUCGACUAGAACUGUUUCGACAGUCGUCGUCAACAAAAAAUGAAUUGACUAGCGUUGACUAGCGAAGGUGACUGAUGAACUAGUCCAGUCAGUGGUUAUACUAAUUGACUCGACUAAUGAAUACAAAUCUGCCUCUUCAAUCAACUGACUUCAAUCCACAUUUCUACCCCCUUAGGGUGGGUUUAGACUAGUGAUAUAUUCAUGUGAAGAAAUAUGAUGAGAUUUAUAGAAAUCGCAUCAACCGUUUACACUAGCGUGAACUUCUAUAAUGAAUAUAUUCAUAUUUUCGGUGAAUUUAUUCACCUGAAGUAGAACUGCAAUGAUUUUUCACUUUAAUGAUUUUUCACCAGUGAGAAAUUCACAAGCGUUUCCAUAUGCUGAAUUUAUUCAAGUUAUAUAUACCUCGAAUAAGUGUAUCAUAUUUAUUCUCACCCGUUUACACCUAUUUUCAGGUGAAUAAAUCCAUCUAUAGCUAUAGAUCUCCCAAGUGUAAACCCGCCAUUAGGAACGAAAUUGUUACCCGCGUACGCAAUCUUAUUUGACGUCCAUAUAAAGAGGAACGAAAACUUGAUUUCUGAUGCAAAAAAGUAAUUACCCCAUCAAUAGACGGUUUAUUGUCUACCCAUCGUGAACUCAAACCAACGAACUUAGACAUUUAUCAAGUAUGCUAUAAAGGCCCCCGCGUUAGUAUUAGUAAAUAGCGUACAAAAUAGCGCACACACACUGCACGCUAUUUUAUACGUGUGAGUAAUUUUUGUGUAUAAUACAAAACAAUCUAGCUCACUUGUAGCGUAUGUCAAGCCACGUUGAACUGCCUGCAUACGAUAUACAUGGGAGAGAGAGGGGCGAAUUCGUUUUGGGGGAAGUCACUUCAAAAUGCAAUGAAGACAAUUUGACUGAGAAGAAUGAAAUGAUAUAGUCGAGUCGGUAGAGGGAGAUAGCGACUAAACGCCCGACUGACUGUUCAGUCGUUUUGGCGGAGAAACUGCGUGAAGAAGCCAAAAGUCAUUUCCGACUGAAUACGGAUAUAGUCAGUCAGACAGUCAGUUGACUAUCCUCAGUUGACUAAGACUAUGCCGAGCCCUGGUGACGUUACAAGUAAGCUGCAAGCGCUCUUGUAGUCGAGCGAGAAAAUAUAAUCGGCUCUAUUAUAUAAAUCGUGGGAUCAGAAUUUGAUCGUUCAAGCAUGUCUUCAGGUACUUCAUUGCGAUUAAAUUUUCGAAGAAAAUUGAGCUUUUUUUGCACUAGUCGUGCUGCGACUUUUCUCAUACCCAAAAUAUGACGAACGGUCUCGUGAGAGAUAUCGAAUUUACGGGCUAACUUCUCUCAAACUUGACUGAUUUUGUCUGUUUUUGAUUUUCUGAUUUUGAACUGUUCCUCCUAAAUUUGCGACCACUAAUUUGACAACAUUGAAAGGGAUUCAUGUUUAUGAAAUCUGUCAGGUGGUUUUUUGUGAGAUUAAAAUCAAUGUCCACUGAAAAACAAAUUUGCAAAAAAAAUUCUACAAUCAAAAAGAUCGGAAAGAUCGAAAAGAAAAGAUCGAUUUUUACUAUUUUUUUGAGUACAAUGAAUCGAAAAUAUCAUAAAUAGGAAAGGAAAAGAUAGAUCUUCUAAAUAUCGAUCCAAGAUUACUCAAUACUACUUUAUACCAUUCAUACACCCGUGGGGUGGUGACAUCAUGUUUUCUUCGGUCCACGUGGUAUAUGGAGCAGCCCCCUAUAUUGACUACACGUUAGACCACACGAUCAUAUACUUUUUAUGGUGUUCAUAGUGUACCACCCCCUCAUAGAAUAAUCCAAGACAAUUAUUCGAAUGAAUCGAUUAUUGUAAAAUGUCCCUACAAUUGAUCCAUAAUUGACUAAUUGUAAAAAUAUACUUCUCUAAAUACAGUGGAAUCCGUUUAUAAUGACAUAGCGACGUCAUAAUAAGCGGAGUCCGAAAAAAUGGUAUAUUAUAUUUGUGGUAUAACAAAGAUCGAUUUUUAUGGGUCGGUGGCUUCACUCGAUUAUCCCUAAGGUUAGCCUCAAACCAUGGUUCAAAAGUCUGGACUUAAGUCGGGACUUUAUUCGCACCUUCUCUCGACUCAUGUCCAAUCACUGUUCGUUAGACGCGCUACUCUUUCGUUUUAAUCUUGCCGAUGGCAAUAUCUGUGCUUGUGGCCAAGGUUACCACGACAUCGAACACGUUGUUUGGUCGUGCGAGGAGUAUCUUGUUGCCAGAUCGAAUUUAGAAAACUCUCUUCGGGCUAGAGGAAGGCAGCCCAAUGUGCCGGUGAGAGAUGUGUUGGAUCGGUUAGACCUUGAUUACAUGUCCCAAAUAUAUGUCUUCCUAAAAGCUAUCGAUCUUCGUGUGUGAUUGUCCUUAUAUCCUUAUAUUCUCCUUUUCCUUUUCCUUCGCGAGAAAUCAAAUCCCUUCUUACUAACAAUAGAAUAAGGUGAAAUGUAAAUACAUGUUAGAUAUAAGAUAGGCUUAAGAAUUGAGUAUGAUGAAUGUGAGUGCGAAUGUGAGUGUGAACAUUGUCAACAUAUCCUUAUAUCCCAUCCUUUUCCUGAAACAAAAUGUCACCCUUCUAAACUCGAGCAAGCCGCGAGUAAUCGGUUCUCUACUUCAUUAACAUUAGAAUUAAUAAAAAAUGUUUAUGUAUACUUGUAACUAUACAGAUAGGAGUUUGGCUCCUUUAAACUUAUGUAACUGAGCCUGUAAAAAUAAACGAUUUAAUAAAAAAAAAAGAUCGAUUUUGAUUGAGAUGUACACAGUUGCAUCGAUAAAAAUGAAACAUCGCGAGAAUGAACGUUUAUGAAAAUCGUUUCUCGACUAUAGGUCAAAAACGUCAACAACACUAGGAGCUUGUUGAAUCAGAACAGAGCCGAUCCGCUACUUAAUAUGCAAAUGUGGAGUUUACUUCACAAGUAUACUCUUUUCGCUUUCCCCCUCCGUUAGAGACGAAUGAACUCUCAGAGUUUAAAGUCUCUCUAAUUCAAUACCUUCCUUCCUUCCCCUCCGUUGUUUCUAUUCUAGCGGCUGCAUAAGUUGCCCGUUAUUGAUUGCUCUGUUCACGAAAGCACACAAAUGGACAGAACAAAUGUAUGGGGAAAUUAGAAUGCUUCCAAUUUUCAUAAAUUUUUCAUAUAGACUAUGGGAUUGUAAUGUAUAGCAUACCAAACAAAUCAUAGAAAAUUUCCGAUUCGAUUGGUAUGCAAAUCGUUAAAAUCCGUUCGCAGCAAAAAUUGUUAUUAACGUAAACUGUAUUCCAUAAAAACGUGAUCUGUUUUCUGAUUUGACACCUUUAAUGUAAGACGUAGUCCUACGUCAAAAAGAAUAAGAAGCUAACUGUCUGGAAUUGUCUUUGAUAAGUGCCAGUCAUUAGCAAACUCGUUCUGGGGAGUCAAUUCAUUUAUUCCAAUGACUCAUUCCUUCACUGUUGGAAAGAACAUAAUUCCAUCAAUAUUAUUUAAAAAAAAAUCAGUUAAUUGAUUCCAAUUGGAGAUGAUAGUCGGUUAAGCCUAAUCUAUUCGAUGUUUCUUGUUUGAAACCAGUCUAGUACUUCCGCCAUUCUGGCAGAGCAAACAACUGUACUCCGAUUACACGCUAUCAGCCUAUCAGCCAACACAUGACUCUCGACUCAAACAUGACUCAAACAAUCGAGGAGCAUAACAGCACUUCUCUCUAUCACUCUCCCUCCUAUCGCUACACGCAGCGCAAUGUUAUCCAUUCAAAUGACACAUGCGGGCUUCGUCGGAUAACAAUGCCAGUCGCCAUUGGUUUAUUAUCUGUUCCCUAGUAAAAGAGAACCACGCUUCGUAAUCGCAACGAUUGUUGCGAGAGAUACAUUCCGUCCCACACUGAUUUCAUAAACAGAAGGAUCAAGCCUCGAAGCAGAGCGUGUCUUGAAUCGGCGCUCAUGACUGUGUCAGUGUUUAAACGAGAACAGAGCAGCAAGUUCAGUGUCUAUCUUUGAUCGUUGAUUUCAGUUUGUUGUAAUUGAUGCCACCAGCGUCAGCGAGGUUUGCGUUCACAGAUUUACUCAUAUACGGUACUUGUUUUGGCGUUGGCGAGAGUCGUUUUAUCGGAGCAGGUUAAGGUUAACAGGUGUAGCGAAUUUAGCGCGCAGUUUGAUAAGGUCGACUAGCGAAAACAGCCGAUAUUAUGAAAUUUCACAACUACAGCAGUCCACCAGAGAAAGUGAAGGUACGAUCCGUCAGUACAUCAUCGGAGCAAGAGUCUACGUUCCCACAGCAGCAACAACGGCAACAGCAAUCAAAACAGCUACAGUUAUCGCAGUCGCAAACCAUUAGUUUGAAGAAGAAAAUUACACUCCAGCAGCUGUUCCAGCUGCAGCAGCAGCAGAACCAACCGCUGGCGAAGCGACCUCGGAUCGAGUCUGUUCCUGAGGACGAGGAGCAGGACCAGGACCAGGACCAGGAAAUUGACACAUCGGCCACAGAAUCGGAGACAGAGAUGGAUCAAACGGCUAACGAGGAUGUGAUUACAACGCAUCCAAACCAGCGGUUAGACGCCAGUGCACUGAAAGCGAGAGGCGCCACUAUACUGAUGACAGACAGCUCUGACUACGGUCAGGACGAUAGUCUGGGCCGGAAGAAGGCCAAACGAAAACUGGUUGGCAAACCUAACAACUCCAACACAUCCACCAAGGUUAAGCUACAGAUGGUACAUGAAUUUCCCACACUCUUUCUAGGCUUAAGACGGAAUCGAAUCUUUCUGGUAAACUCGCUGGCACAGAGCUUCGAACUGAAUCAGCGGGAUAUUAUCUUGACGUUGAGAAAAAUCAAAUUGAACGAACAUAACGCCCGGUUAGCGAGCGUUUUCGGACUGACGGACAGUGAAGUGGAAAUCCUGUUCCGCACGAGUGUGCCUAAAAUAGCCGACUGUUUACGGAAUUUUAUCGUUUGGCCCGACGAUAUCACGAUGAAGCUGAACGUUCCCAUCAACCUGCGGCAGCACUUCAACAAAAUCCACCUCAUUCUAAAUUAUCUGGUAAUCAAAGUGCGGCAGAAUGCGGUCAAAUAUCUUUCUCAGGCACAAAUGGAAUCCUCAUACUGCGAGGUUGAUCAGUGCCACAAGCUGAAAUAUCUGAUCGCUUCCACCCUGGAUGGCUGCGUGUGCUUCGUGUCGCGAGGCUUCGGCAUCCAGACGCACGACGAGGCGGUCCUCGCACAGUCUGGCUUCCUGACCAAGUUCAAAACCAACACAAAUCUGAUAGCGGGGAAGAAUUUUCACAACUUCGAGGAUCGCCUCACCAACGGGGGCAGCGAGCAUGAUCACGAGAACAAUAACGGAGGAAGACCGAUCGGCGGUGCCGAUGACGAUUCGGACCUGGAGCGCACGCUGACUACUAGCAACGACGAGGACAACUUCGAGGAAAUUGUGUCGGAGAAGAUCAGCAAAAGUCGGACGUUCAAGCUGAAAAAUUACAUCGAGAGUGUGCUGGAAAGCUUCCAGGGUCACCUAAUUUUGUCGCCCACGGCCUGUGUAGACGGAAAAUCGCUAGAACUGCUGGAUGAUAUCAUGGUGAUCGUUGGGGCUCUCAUCAACUUGCAGAAGCAGGAAGUAGAAUAGGUGUUUGCGAGGUAUGGAACAGAAGAUCCUCUUGUGUUGUUAGGAAACCCCUGGUUAGUCGAUGCGGUAUGGGUAGAAUCAAAGGCACGACUGAAGCUGCCAUAUGCUGCUACCCGCAUCAUUACAGCAUCUGCUUUGAGUUAUUAUUAUUUUAUUAGUUUUACUUUGUUGACGAUUUCCGCCUGGGAAAGUUUUCCAGUGCACCUCUCGGGUGAAGCUUUUCAGCACAUCAAGCGGACCGGAAGAACGUUAAUAGCGUAGUAAGAAAUAAUAUUGCUAGUGAGACAAGAAGUUAAAUGGUAACAAAACAAAAUAUAAAAACGCUAGUUCGUAUUGUAGAUAAUUUAUUAUAGAUUUAUACAUAUAACUAAAACAGUUCAGUAUAACAAUAAAGUUUAUUAAUGAAGUAUA